AUGGCAUCAGUACCAAGCGGAGUUCCUGCCGAGGAGAUGGCCCGUCUUUCACUAUCGUCCAAGACUGUCCAUGCAGAUGAUGCUAUUUCGGCACAUAGGGCCGUAGCGCCUGCUAUGCAUGUCAGCACGACGUUUCGAUACAGUGAUGAUCCGGAGCAGCUGAAGCAUAGCGCGGAUCCCACCAAGCUGGGGGAUUGGAAUAAUCCCGAUCCCAACGCUCCAAUGGACUCGCAUAUUUACUCGCGGGAUUCCAACCCCAACACGACUCGUCUCGAGGCUGUUCUAUCAAGCAUUCUUGGCGGCCCGUCGCUCACCUAUGCUUCCGGCCUGGCUGCAUUCCAUGCCAUGCUUAUUCGGCUGAAUCCCAAGCGCAUUGCCAUUGGCGAAGGAUACCACGGGUGCCACGGCGUCAUCAAGGUCGUCUCCCGCUUAACUGGUCUUCAGAAACUUUCUUUGGACUGUGACCCGUCCGAAUUGGGGCCUGGCGACAUCAUCCAUGUGGAAACACCGUUAAAUCCCACAGGCGAAGCCCGCAACCUCCAGUUCUACGCCGACAAAGCGCACAAAGCCGGUGCCUUCUUGACUGUGGAUGCCACGUUUGCACCGCCUCCACUUCAGAAUCCCUUCGACUUUGGAGCUGACAUCAUCAUGCACAGCGGAACAAAGUACAUUGGCGGGCACUCCGACAUGCUGUGCGGCGUUCUGGCGGUCCGGCCCGGGCACAGCUGGGCCAAGGAGCUCCGCGAAGAGCGUCUUGUUCUCGGCUCGGUAAUGGGCAGCAUGGAGGGCUGGCUGGGACUCAGAUCUCUUCGGACGCUGGAGCUGCGAGUCACCAGGCAGAGCCAGACGGCGACAGCACUCGUCAAAUGGCUCUCAAGUCAGCUCGGCGACUCGUCCACUGUUGUCGGACAGCUCGUCGAGAAGCUUCACCAUGCUAGUCUGCAGCCUGAGGCGGCAGAGGAAGGGAGCUGGCUGAGACGACAAAUGCCUGCCGGGUAUGGACCUGUUUUCGCUAUUGUCAUGAAGGACAUGGAUCUUGCCAAGAAGCUUCCUAGUAGACUGCGAUUAUUUCACCACGCCACUAGUUUGGGGGGCAUUGAGAGCUUGAUCGAGUGGCGGGCCAUGACGGACCCGCUUGUUGACCAGAGACUGUUGCGAGUGAGCAUUGGCGUGGAAGGGUUUGAGGACUUGAAGAGCGAUAUUGAGCAGGCUUUUGAAAGUUUGAAGAAGUAG